CGUGUGUGUGUGUGUGCGCGCGCCUGCAGCAUCCUUGCGGCAGAGCAAAAAGGAGGAGGAAGUGAAGGUCACAGCUGCAGGAGCAUCCUCAGCCUCCCGAUCCAUCAGCAGCUUGACCGGCCGGACCGAGCGGCACGCCGAACCGCCGCCGUCAUGGGGAACCGGGGCAUGGAGGAGCUGAUCCCGCUGGUGAACCAGCUGCAGGACGCCUUCUCCUCCAUCGGUCAGAACGCAGACCUGGACCUGCCGCAGAUCGCGGUGGUGGGCGGACAGAGCGCCGGGAAGAGCUCGGUGCUGGAGAACUUCGUGGGGAAGGACUUCCUGCCUCGCGGUUCAGGAAUUGUCACUCGGCGCCCUCUGGUGCUUCAGCUCAUCAACUGCCCAACCGAGUACGCAGAGUUCCUGCACUGUAAAGGGAAGAAGUUUACCGACUUUGAUGAAGUCCGUCAGGAGAUCGAGGCUGAAACCGAUCGAGCAACAGGACAUAACAAAGGAAUCAGUCCUGUCCCCAUCAACCUGAGGGUGUAUUCCCCCAAUGUGCUGAACCUGACUCUUGUGGAUCUCCCGGGGAUGACGAAGGUCCCUGUGGGCGAUCAGCCAGCUGACAUUGAACACCAGAUCAAAGAAAUGCUCCUGCAGUUUGUCACCAAGGACAACUGUCUCCUCUUGGCUGUUUCUCCAGCCAACUCUGACCUCGCCAACUCUGAUGCUUUGAAGAUUGCUAAGGAGGUGGACCCACAAGGUCUGAGGACCAUUGGUGUGAUCACCAAGCUGGACCUGAUGGAUGAAGGAACUGACGCCAGGGACAUUCUGGAAAACAAACUUCUGCCGCUACGCAGAGGUUACAUUGGCGUGGUGAAUCGAAGUCAAAAAGACAUUGAUGGAAAAAAAGAUAUCACAGCAGCUCUGCAGGCCGAGAGGAAGUUCUUCCUGUCUCAUCCUUCGUAUCGUCACCUGGCUGAUCGAAUGGGCACUGCCUAUCUACAGAAAGUCCUCAACCAGCAACUGACCAACCACAUCCGGGACACUUUGCCAGGAUUACGAAGCAAACUACAGAGCCAGCUGUUGUCCAUUGAGAAGGAGGUGGAGGAGUACAAGAACUUCAAGCCGGAUGACCCAAGCCGCAAGACCAAAGCCCUGUUACAGAUGGUGCAGCAGUUUGCGGUGGACUUUGAGAAGCGGAUUGAAGGUUCUGGAGACCAGGUGGACACAUACGAAUUAUCAGGAGGAGCAAAGAUCAACCGUGUCUUCCACGAGCGCUUCCCCUUUGAACUGGUUAAGCUGGAGGGUGAUGAGAAGACUCUACGAAAGGAAAUCAGCUACGCCAUCAAGAACAUCCAUGGAAUCAGGACGGGUCUGUUCACACCUGACAUGGCAUUCGAGACGAUUGUGAAGCGUCAGAUCGCUCAACUCAAAGAGCCGUGUCAGAAGUGUGUAGACCUGGUGAUCACCGAGCUGGUCAACACCGUCAGGCAGUGUACACAGAAGCUGGCUCAGUAUCCACUGCUUCGGGAGGAAAUGGAGAGAAUUGUCACCCAGCACAUCAGAGACCGGGAGAGUCAUACUAAAGGCCAGGUGAUGCUGCUCAUUGACAUCGAGUUGGCCUACGUGAACACCAACCAUGAAGACUUCAUCGGCUUUGCAAAUGCACAGCAGAAGAGCAGUCAGAUGAGCAAGAAAAAGGCCACAGGAAACCAGGAUGAGAUCAUGGUGAUUCGCAAAGGCUGGCUCACCAUCAACAACAUCAGCAUAAUGAAGGGCGGAGCUAAAGAGUAUUGGUUCGUGUUGACUGCCGAGGCUCUGUCCUGGUACAAAGAUGAUGAGGAGAAGGAGAAGAAGUACAUGCUACCUGUAGAUAACCUGAAGCUGAAGGACAUCGAGAAGAGCUUCAUGUCCAGCAAACAUGUUUUUGCUCUCUUCAACACUGAGCACAGGAACGUGUAUAAGGACUAUCGGCAGCUGGAGCUGGCCAGCGAGUCUCAGGAGGAGGUGGACAGCUGGAAGGCUUCUUUCCUACGGGCAGGGGUGUAUCCUGAACGCAGCGUGGACAAAGAGAAGGUGGAGGCAGAGGAGACCAACACUGACGGCCACAUCCACAGUCUGGAUCCUCAGCUGGAGCGCCAAGUGGAGAUCGUCCGGAACCUGGUGGACUCCUACCUGGCCAUCAUCCACCGAACUGUCAGAGACCUAAUCCCCAAAACCAUCAUGCACCUUAUGGUCAAUAAUGCUAAAGAGUUCAUCCACUCUGACCUGCUGGCUCAACUGUACUCCUGCGGAGACCAAAACUCCUUGAUGGAGGAAUCCCAGGAACAGGCCCAGCACCGGGAUGAGAUGCUUCGGAUGUACCACGCCCUGCGGGAAGGGCUGAACAUCAUCGGUGACAUCAGUACCUCCACUGUUACCACGAAAGCUCCUCCACCUGUAGACGACUCCUGGCUACAGGUGACUGGAAUGCCGUCUGGGCGCAGGUCACCAAUGUCCAGCCCAACCCCACAACGCCGAGCUCCUCCGGGUCCUCCACGACCUGGCGGCCGCGCUGCCCCCGGCCCUCCGUCUCGUCCCGCAGUGUCACCUGAUCCAGGACCGUCACCUUCUGUUCCAUCCCGCCCAAACAGAGGGCCCCCACCUGGAGUCCCCAGAAUCUCUAUCAGUGACCAAUGAGGAUUUCACCAAUGUCGCCCCAGUAAAGGUAGCCCUGCCCACGGAGAGAGCCCCCAGUCCUCCAUUGAUGGUUAACGUGAAGCGAGUGUGUGUUUGUGUGUUUGUGUUUAACUGUGGAUCUUAGUAACGAUGAUGAUAUUCACUGCAAUACUUAAAGUGUGGCUCUGCAGUCUGAAGGGGGCAGGUGGGACUUCCUACCAGUUCUGCGUCCCACAGAAACCAGUCCUCUCAUCAUCCAGAGAUGGUGUGGAAGUGAAGAUGUCUCUUUUCUCUCAUCAGCUGAAUGCUGCACCUCCAUUACGUUCUGGAUUCAUGUCCCCUACUGGACUCUUGAUCUGGUCUCGGCUGAUUCAUUAAUGGUUUAACUGGUCCAGCAUCGUUGAAUUAACCCAGUUUGACUCAUAAAUCUGAGGGGAAAAUGCACGGUUUUGAUUUUCCGGCGCUGCCUGAUUCCGAACUGUUUCUGUUGGGCUCCUAGAUGUUUCCUCUGUGUGGUUGUGUUGCCCCCACAGCCUCUAGCCGAUCCUUUCAGAUCUGACCCGGAUCAGACGUCACGUUUCACUCGGCUCUCUCUUCACAAAUCCAAGCUGAAGCAGUGAGAUCACACGUGGAGUCUGAUGGACCUCAGAUCUGAGCUGCGAUGGGAUCUGAUGUUGGCAAACGUUUGGAAUUGAGCAAUAAAAUCUGCUGUGUGAACGUAGCCUUAGACUCAGGCUGGUUCUGACCGUUCAACCGUCCAUCAGACCCAGAAGCGGAGAUCUCCAGACUCAACAAGCCACUGGUUCAUUGCAGGACCACGCGAACAACCAGAACCAGCUGAUUCUAAACCCGAGAAGACAUCUGACAACUUCUGGAUCUCCUAAAUGAGCUUCCUGUAAACUAAAGGUGGAUCCUUCCCAGGUCUGAGACCUGCUGGGUUUAUUCACGUUCUUGUUUCUGCUCUUCGCUGAAGGAACAUGUCAUCAAUUCAUCAGACCCAUUUUAGCCACGAGGAGAGCAUUGUGGGAGGUUGGAGAACACCGAGGAUGCAGCCUCCUGGUGUUGAGAAGCACCUUGAGUUUAUUUACCUGCAGCAGGUCUUUCACCUGUAGCGACCGGCCAAUCAGAGAUGCAGAUGUUCGAUGUGUUUGUGGUGAACUUGUGCUGUUUUGUGCCCGUCAGAAGCGUCUCCUGACCCGCGGUCUACCUGUUGAUGUGUCCGCCUGCUGUGUCGAGUGUUUGACGCGUCCCCGUUAGUCCCAGCAUGCUCAGUAACCGUGUUUGAGGCGUUUGAAUAUUACCGCUCUGUUUACAGACCGUAUGAAGAUAAUCAACCAAUAGUUAUAAUGAACAAGUGUUUGUGUUACUCUGAUGUACAGUCUGCACCAAGAAAUGUGUGUGUGUGUGUGUGUGUGUGUGUGUGUAGCUCAAGUGUGUAAACCUUUAUCAUGUGACCACAACAUAAAUAAAAUUAUUAAUCAUCA